UUCGCGGGGACAGUUUUAACGGUGUUUUCGACGCCGAAUAUAGAACUGUUGAAUGUAGUGAAAGUACAAGGAUGUUGUGGAUUAGUUACACGUGCUAAGUGCCAUGUUAUUUCUGUUUAAAUAUGCUGGGAUUUGCUAAACAAGAUAACGCAGAAUUGACAGCAAACAGUGUUGUGUCAGUGGCAAGUGCAGUGACAGUGAGUUAAAUGAUUUCAGUGAGUGAUCAGUGAUGCCGGGACAGUGUAGUGAGUCACCAAGCGAGGCAAAAUCACCGGGUUUAUCACCAAUGAAGCGGCAUAGACGAACAUUCACUGAUGCAACGCCAGUGUAACAAUGAUGAAUACGAUGUUUAAGAAUUUUCUUUGGAUUUACCUGUCAGGAUGUUUUGUUUUUGUAUUCGCCCAGCCGCCUCUUCCCGAGGGUUUCAACCUUCCACCAAUCAUGCAGGUGGAACGCAACUGGUACGCCAGGUCCUCAGACCCUAUCGGCACGGUAGUAACCAGGGUCCAUCGGGAGAGGACCAGUGACAAAAACACAACCUUCGGGUUGGAAACCUCUGGCCCUCCAGCGCCGUUUGAAAUCGACCCACAUACUGGAGUUGUGAAAAUUAAUGAUACGCUUAGGGAUAAGGAAAAUAAAUCUUUUUCACUAUGGGUUACUGCAGACGAUGGUUCUAUUCCUCAACGAACCGAAGUCCUAGCGACCAUAACUAAUAAUUCCGGCCAAAGGCCAAAACUUCCCAUGCCACCAUUCUUACCAAAUCUACCUAGUUACCCCACAUUACCACCAUAUCCUCCACUACCUCCCAAAAUUCCUAGACCACAGAGCACAACCAAAGCAACUGAAAAAUAUAUAGAGGAAGUCACAGUACCUGAUACAACUCCAGUCACAACAGCGCUUAGCCCACCAAAGAGGCCAGAUGAUCUUUUUGUAAAUAUUGUUGACCAUGGAGACAAAACAACAAAUAAUUCUGAAACUUCAGAAGAACAAACAGGAAAUGAUGUUCCAUUAACAGUGAUACCCCUAGUUGCUAUUGGUGGCUUAGUAGUUAUAGUCGCCGCAGUCAUAUUUUUUGUUUGGAGAAGAAACAAUGCGCCUAAAUCUAGCAGCAAAAAAGAUGAUAUGAAUAAGGACGCAAGUGGUAUUGUUCUCCAAGAUUCUUCAGUAAACUUGUGGAACCGUCCUCGUACGUACUCCAAUCGUUACGAGUCCUGGGACAACGGUCACUUGCAGCUGUCUGAAGAAACAACAAUAACGAAGGAAGAUCCAACAGACGAAUGGGAAUUCCCGCGACACAGACUCAGAAUAUUCAACAUUGUGGGAGAAGGCGCCUUUGGUCAGGUGUGGCGUGCCCAGGCUAUUGAUAUAGAUGGUAAAAAGGGCGAGCAAACAGUAGCAGUAAAGACGCUUAAAGAAAAUGCCUCGGAGAAAGAGAAAUCUGACCUUCUUCAGGAGUUGCUGGUCAUGAAGAACCUUGGACCUCAUCCCAACGUGGUCCGGCUUAUUGGCUGCUGCACUGAAAAGGAACCCACCUUCGUGAUCAUGGAGUUCGUGAGCCUCGGCAAGCUGCAGCAGUUCCUGAGGGACUCCCGCGCCGAGAGGCACUACGGGAACACGCACGGUGGCAGCCAGUUCCUGACGUCACGGGACUUGACACACUUCGCCUUCCAAGUCGCGAGGGGCAUGGAUUUCCUUAGCUCUAAUGGGAUAAUCCACCGAGAUUUGGCAGCGAGAAACGUCCUGAUUACGGAAGAGAGGACGUGCAAAGUAGCAGAUUUUGGGUUCGCUAGGGACGUCGGCGGUACUCAUGUCUAUGAGAGGAAAAGCGACGGCCGACUGCCUAUAAGAUGGAUGGCUCCAGAGUCGCUCUACGACGAUAUUUUCAGUGUUAAGUCGGACAUUUGGAGUUUUGGCGUUCUCCUGUGGGAGAUCGUGACACUAGGAUCCACCCCCUACCCAGGAUUAUCAGCGGGAGAUGUGAUGAGGAAGGUCCGAGACGGCUACCGUCUUGAGAAACCGGAACACUGCCGGCGGGAACUGUACAACAUCAUGUACUACUGCUGGGAAGCUGAACCCACUGGAAGACCAGACUUCAAAGAAGUGGUCUCCAUGCUGGAGAGGCUGCUGUGCACGGAGACAGACUAUAUAGAGCUGGAAAGGUUCCCAGACCAUUCUUAUUACAAUCUGCAGGAGUUGGAUGGUGAAAAAGUUUGAGAGGUCUGGUGUUAAAUUGAGAUAGGCGUAUAAAUCCGAAGAUGGCAAAUCUCGUCAGAGAUAGACUGGCAGAAUACGGUGCUAAGUGAUACUUAAUCUAUAUUCAUGGACUUGUAUAUAUAAUCUUAUUUUAGUCUUCUUUGGCUCAACUUUGUGCGAGGAAAAUUGAAUAUUUAUAAAUGUCUGUUUAUACGAGUAGGUUUGUGUAAAAUUUCCAUGGGAAUAUAUGUAUGUAUAUAAGUCUAGUUAUACCUAUUUAUAAAAAAGGUGACAGAUUUAUUUUAAUAUCGCGCGUAUUUGUAUGACAAUCGCGAAAAUACUGAAUUAUGCAAUUAAUCAUGGCAAUGGCUAUCAAUGUAGAUAUAUUUAAUUACAUACUACACUUUAAUUUCCUACAAGAAAGAUUAAGAAGUCUUGUCUAAAAAUAAAUAGCUCGUUCAAGUUAGAAAUGAGAUUUAGACAAACAAGUUGCUAGCUCAUCGCCUGUAAGAAGAAUCCUAAAUUUUUAAGCCAGUCCCUUGAUCGACAUUCUGAACAGGAAAAGGAGCUGGGCGUUUUCUUUGUUUACAGACCAACUUGCACUAAAUUAUUGUAAUAUUUUUUCUGAGUCGCCUUUCAAAAUGUGUUUGGUAAAGAAAUGGCCAAAUUGUAAAGUGGCAAGAACCACAAAUCAAAACAACUUUAGUUUUAUUUAUAUCCUGGGAUUAAACAAUUUUAGAUUCUAUUCAUAAAGUUCUCGGGAAAAAGCUAGAAAUAAAGAACUUAAAUAAUAAAGUUACUUAAAAAUUCUCAAUUCCAUUUUCUAUUGUCGCUGAUGAAUAAAUUGAUAUUGAAAUUAAUGUGAAAACUUGGAGUUUGCUAAAAAUAGUCUAAAUAUCUUGGAGCUUGCUAUAAUAAUUAUCUUAUUAUAUCUUUAAAAGUUACAUCACAAUCUCUAUUCUAUACAUUGUUUAUAGUCGCAAGACCUAACUUUAUAUUGGAAUUUAAAUUCAGAAUAGUGACUAGUUUGUAGGUCAUCGCUAACUUUUGUAAAAAGAGAUCCUACUUUAAUCAAUAUCCUCCUUUUUUAAUAUCUUUUAGACUUUUUUAACCUUCUCCUAAGUAGAACAAACACUUUCCUGAAAACCGUAAGAAAAUCGGUUCAACAAAACGCGAGAUAAUAGUGGACAGACAUACGUACAGGUCAAACUAAAAUCCACCUUUUUUAAGGCGGUUAAAAAAGAAUCAUAUGUUUAUUAGCCUUCUUUGAUUAGCUUUUAGAAUUUGUGUGGGAAAUGUGAGGCACAAACUAUGGUUAUGCUUCUUCCCUACCAAGCCAUCAAUAACCCAUUUUAAUAUAUGUGAAAAAAAAGAAAAUAAUGUUUAAGAAAUUCGCAUUUUAAUCGAUAAACAAAAAAAAAUGAGAUUAUUGUAAUCCGUUUAAAUUAUAAGUGUUAAUAGUAACUAGUCCAUAGUUUAAGUAAAUAAUUAGUUAGAUCGGUAAUUCACAUUUUUUCUAAAAAAAAUAGUAAUAGUAAUACAGUUUUCAUGUGCAAAAUAAGAUAAUAUUAAAUAUUACAUUUUUUAACAGUUAUUUGACUAAUAUAAUAAAAAUAUGCUUGUUACUUAAAUUGGGUUAGUAUUCAUACAUACGUAUUUGAACGCAUUGUAUUUAUAAAAUGUAAUGUUUUAGUGUAAAUUUAUUUUUACAUGUAAAUAAAUAUAGAAUAAGUUAAAAAUGCAAUAAAAGGUUUUGUUUUUUUUU